CACCGAUGCACAAGCUUUUUUUUGCACAUGCACUAUUAGUCUAUAAAAGUCAUGAAGCUCGACAAAAGUCAAGGGGCCAGAAAACUUCUUCACACGACUGUAUUUAGUCAGUGUUUUUCUCCUUGUGGUCAGUACUUAGCAGCCUGUAACAAUUAUGGAAAAAUAUCAAUAUUCAGUUUACCAAAAGCUCUUGCUCCAGAUGCUUCAGAGGAAAAUUGGCAGCAGAUAUUUUCCUUCCAAGCAAGUGAAGAUGGGGCCCUCUACUGUCUGGCAACAACUUCAGACCUUCUGAUCAGCGCAGGAAAUGGUCCAAUCUGUGCUUGGAAAUGGAAGGAAAUCUUAAACAAAAGUCCCCACGUUGUCUGGUCUUUCACCAUCCCUAAAAAGGGCCCGUUCUCUAACCCAGAAGUAAACUCAUUAAUUGUUGAUAAACAGGAAUGGGGGACAACCUUGUUCGCUGGAUGCGGGGAUAAGAACGUGUAUGGCUGGGAUCUAGAGUCCGGAACACAAGUGCUGACUCUGAGUGGGCACACAGACUACAUACAUGACAUCUCCAUGAAAAACGAUGGCAACACACUGGCUUCUGCCUCAGAGGAUGGUUCAGUCAACAUAUGGGACAUUAGAGACAGUGCUGAGCCGGUUCAUUCCAUUGUCCCACACAAAAUAGAGAGUUGUAGUAGGCCGAGUUUAGGUAAAUGGAUUGGCUGUGUUGAUAUGGACUCCACAGACGAUUGGUUGGUGUGUGGAGGGGGGCCAAAAAUGUCCCUAUGGCACCUCAGGUCAAUGACAACAACCACAGUGUUUGAUACACCAAAGGUGUGCCAGAAAACUGUUCAAUUCUACGAAGACACGAUAAUCUCUGCUGGGACCGACCAUUUUGUAAACCACUGGUUUGUCAAUGGUGACCUGAAAGCCCAAGUUCCGUGCACCCCAACCUCUGUGUUCAGUGUGUGCAUCAACAAAAAUGAUGAGAAAUAUAAGGUGCUCAGUGCUAGUGGUAGUAGUUACAAGAUAGAUAUUUGUACAAACUUUGGAUAUAGAGCUUUCUCAUUUGUACUUUCUCCAGAUUAGGGUUGUUAACACAGACAUUGGUAUUGUUUGUAAACUCAACAGUGCAUUUUAAUAUGUAUGUAGGCUGGAUGUGUUCAAUACAGCAGAAAGAACUGCACAGAUUAGAGAUAUGAAUUGGAUGAGAUAUUGUGUACCUUCUAGUUGCUAAUACAUGUAUCAUCUGUAUGUCAGCUUUAGCAGUGCAUUCUUCACAGAAACCUAGCAUGAUUCAAAGAUGAAAAUGAUUAUAACUUGGCAAAUCUGUGACUUUUUAAUAAAAUAAAGGAAUAAAUAGGAA